CGUGCUGCUGUCGUGGAGCCGACCUUGUGUUCCUUGGUCCUCCCGGACUCGCUUUGUUCUCCGGAGGACCGGGGGUGGAGGGAGGUGGCCGGCCACCCCGCGAGCCCGUCAGUCGGUCAGCCAGGCGCAUUCUUCGCUCCGGACACGGUGAGGACUAGAGAGGCGGCGGGCGGACUGAAGAGAACCCGGGCAUCGGUGGCUCCGGGCAUCCCUAUGGAGAAUGGCGGGCAAAGUGAAGUGGGUCACCGACAUUGAGAAGUCUGUGCUCAUCAACAACUUCGAGAAGCGAGGAUGGGUGCAGGUGACCGAGAACGAGGACUGGAACUUUUACUGGAUGAGCGUGCAGACCAUCCGGAAUGUGUUCAGCGUGGAGACCGGCUACCGGCUCGCGGACGAUCAGAUCGUCAACCACUUCCCCAACCACUACGAGCUGACGCGGAAGGACCUGAUGGUGAAGAACAUCAAGCGGUACAGGAAGGAGCUGGAGAAGGAAGGGAGUCCCCUGGCCGAGAAGGACGACAACGGGAAGUACCUGUACCUGGACUUCGUGCCGGUCACCUACAUGCUGCCUGCAGACUACAACCUGUUCGUGGAAGAGUUCCGGAAGAGCCCAUCCAGCACGUGGAUCAUGAAGCCGUGUGGCAAGGCUCAGGGCAAGGGCAUCUUCCUCAUCAACAAGCUCUCCCAGAUCAAGAAGUGGUCCCGUGACAGCAAGACAUCUUCGUUCGUGUCACAGUCCUCCAAGGAAGCCUACGUCAUCUCCCUGUACAUCAACAACCCACUGCUGAUUGGCGGCAGGAAGUUUGACCUGCGCUUGUACGUCCUGGUGUCCACAUACCGCCCGCUGCGCUGCUACAUGUACAAGCUGGGUUUCUGCCGCUUCUGCACCGUCAGGUAUACCCCGAGCACCAGCGAGCUGGACAACAUGUUUGUGCACCUCACCAACGUGGCCAUUCAGAAGCACGGGGAGGACUACAACCACAUCCACGGGGGCAAGUGGACUGUGAGCAACCUGCGGCUGUACCUGGAGAGCACUCGCGGCAGGGAGGUGACCAACAAACUGUUCGACGAGAUCCACUGGAUCAUUGUGCAGUCCCUGAAGGCCGUGGCGCCGGUGAUGAACAACGACAAGCACUGCUUCGAGUGCUACGGCUACGACAUCAUCAUCGACGACAGGCUCAAGCCCUGGCUCAUCGAGGUGAACGCAUCCCCGUCUCUCACCUCCAGCACGGCCAACGACCGCAUCCUCAAGUACAACCUGAUCAACGACACCCUCAACAUCGCCGUCCCCAACGGCGAGAUCCCGGACUGCAAGUGGAACAAGUCCCCCCCGAGGGAAGUCCUGGGCAACUAUGAGAUUCUGUAUGAUGAGGAGCUGGCCCAGGGCGACGGGACUGAGCGUGAGCUGAGAGCCCGCCCUGGUCAGGCGCUGGGGCCCAAGGGGAGCCGGUCACGAGACUCCGGGAGGACCGUCCUCACCACCUGGAAGUGACUGGGAGGACCACCCACCCUAGCCUCCUUGGUGCUCGCCUCUGCCAGAGCCCCGCUGCGGUGCAGCUACUGUUCCCCGCCCUGCAGCUCUCCUGCCUUCCCCUGGCUCGCGGUGAAUAAAAGUGCCCCUUUGGAAGGUGCUGUGUCUGUUCCCUGCAGCAUCGCCAGCCUGCCCACAGGGCCGUGUGACCCUGGUCUCCUGGCAGGAAGUAGCCGCCCAUGUAGGCUCUAGUUUGUUGUGACGUCUUCACGUUGGUAAAGCUUUUGCACAAGCGCAGAUGGCCACUGUGGCCGGCAGUGUCCUAUCGGAGUGCUGGCUCGAGUCCUGGAUGGUCUGGGCUUCAGACCCAGCUUCCCACGCAUGCACUGGGGAAGCAGCAAAGAUGGAUCGAGUC